AGCCUACAGCCACUGGACUAACAACAGACACACACACACAUACAGGCAAUGGCUCCGCUGCCUCAGACUCAUCCCACCACGCCGGUGCCGGAACUGGACGCAGAGCGAGCGGGCAAAGAUGUGGCCGAAAAGGAAUCCGAAUCCGAUUCAGAAUCAGAAAAAUCAGAGCAGGAGCAGGAGUUUGACCCGUGGGACCUGCCCGAGCUCCAGGACACCGGGUUAAAGUGGUCAGAGCUCGACACGAAGGGGAAAGUUCUGCGCGUUUUUAGGUCCAUCGUGAAGUUUAUUCUUCUGCUGUGUUUGCUCUACAUAUUCGUCUGCUCUCUGGACAUCCUGAGCUCCGCUUUCCAGCUUGUAGGAGGGAAGGCAGCUGGCGAUAUCUUCCAGGACAAUGCGGUUCUGUCUAACCCUGUGGCUGGUCUGGUGAUUGGAGUCCUGGUCACUGUUCUGGUUCAAAGCUCAAGCACCUCCACCUCCAUUGUGGUCAGCAUGGUGUCAUCUGGAUUGUUGGAGGUGAAGUCUGCAGUGCCGAUCAUAAUGGGUUCUAAUAUUGGCACUUCUGUGACAAACACCAUCGUGGCCGUAAUGCAAGCGGGAGACCGCAACGAGUUUCGCAGGGCAUUUGCUGGAGCUACGGUCCAUGACUUCUUUAACUGGCUGUCUGUCCUGGUGCUGUUGCCUCUGGAGGUGGCCUCUGGAUACCUCUACAAGCUCACCAAACUUGUGAUUGAUUCCUUUAACCUCCAGACCGGUGCAGAUGCUCCGGACCUGUUAAAAGUCAUCACUGAACCCCUCACCAAAAACAUCAUUGAGCUGGACACAUCUGUGAUUCGUGACAUUGCCACUGGAGACCCGGCAGCCCGAAACAAAAGUCUGGUUAAGAUCUGGUGUAAAACACAAGAUAUCACGAACCUUGUGAAUAUUACAGUCCCUGAUAUUAUAAACUGCACAGUUGGUGCCCCCUGCUGGGAGGUGGACGACGAGAUCUGGACUCAAGAGAACCAAACAGAAACACUUUACUUGAAAAAAUGUAAACACAUGUUUGUGUACGCCAAUCUACCUGACCUAGCGGUGGGCUUGAUUUUGUUGGCUCUGUCAUUGCUGGCCCUCUGUACCUGCCUGAUUUUGAUCGUCAAGCUGCUGAACUCCAUGUUGAAGGGUCAGGUGGCGGUUGUCAUCAAAAAGGUGCUUAACACCGAUUUCCCCUUCCCCUUCUCUUGGGUCACUGGAUACCUCGCCAUCAUUGUUGGAGCCGGAAUGACCUUCAUUGUUCAGAGCAGCUCUGUCUUCACCUCAGCCAUCACUCCACUAGUCGGUAUUGGCGUCAUUAGCAUUGAGAGGGCGUAUCCACUCACACUGGGCUCCAACAUUGGCACAACAACCACUGCUAUUCUAGCUGCCCUCGCCAGUCCUGGAGAGACGCUGGCAAACUCUUUACAGAUUUCUCUCUGUCACUUCUUCUUUAACAUCUCUGGUAUCCUGCUCUGGUAUCCCAUCCCCUUCAUGCGCAUCCCUAUCCGAUUGGCCAAAGCUCUGGGCAACCGCACGGCCAAGUACCGCUGGUUCGCGGGACUGUAUCUCAUCUUGUGCUUCAUCCUCUUGCCGCUGAUAGUUCUGGGCCUUUCCAUUGCGGGGUGGCAGGUCUUGGUGGGGGUCGGCGUGCCCGUGCUGGCCUUUGCGAUCCUUGUGAUUAUAAUCAGUAUUGUACAGAAGCGCUGGCCACGUUUCCUGCCCAAAAUCCUCCGCAGCUGGGACUUCCUGCCCAAACCGCUGCACUCCCUCAAACCCUGGGACAAAGUGGUAGUCUCCAGCAUGGUCUUCUGCAGGACUCGCUGCUGCUGCUGCUGCAAGUGCUGCAACGAAAAAGAAAAGGAUGACGUGAAAGCCAAGGAAAAGAGUUUAGAAAUGUAUGACAACUCAGCAUUCACUGUAGAUGAUGAAGCUAAAGUAGUAGCAACACAUUUAUAAUGCUUAACGGACACUUUAUUUCAUGACGUUCUGAUAAUCGCAGGGUAAUGUCAGAACUAGUAAUGCAGCAUAUAAGUAAAAGCUGCAAGUGAUUUUGUUUGGUUAUAAUGCUACAUUCCUCUUGUGAUGGAAUAACUGACUCUAUAUGAUUCAACUUGAAGCUUUUCUUGUCUUUGGAUUCUAUUUAGUUUUACUGGGAAUGCUCAAAAAACGCAAACUGAGACUAUGUUGGACUUUGCUGUUGGUGCCUACAAAAUAUUUAAUCACAGCAUUACAGUUAGGUUUUUGUAAA